GGGGAUGGUGCACGGAUACACACCGAGCCCACAAACUUCAGAGUGGAUUCAUAAACUGGAGCAGGAGCAGCACCUCUGCCUCCCACCGGCGUGGAGCCUCGUAAUUAGCGCAGUUAUGCUCCGGUCUUAAUUGAUGAGAAGCCUCUUAAUGAGAAAAUGAACGGGACACAGUAAAGAUCCGUGGCGGCUCAUCUGCGCCCUGAAAGUUUCAGUGGAGCUUCCGAAAACCUCCGGUCAGUUGGACUUAAUAAAAUCUCAUCCAUCCCGUCACACAUCCUGCUGCCAGCAUGCCCAUCAUCAGCAAUGCCAACCAUGACUUCAGCACCUACUCCAUCAGCAGUGACGACAGCAGCCUCGACCGCUUCUUCACCGAGAUCCCGGAGACCGAGACCCUCAAGGGUGUUUACUUCCAGCGCGUCCAGCUGCUGCGUGACCCGAAGGCCUCGUAUGUGGUCGACCACACCCUGCAGGUUCUCAUCAAUGUUGGCGGAAACCGCUACACCUUCCCCUGGAGCACCCUGGAGCAGUUUCCCCAGAGUCGACUGGGUCGCCUGCGCUUUUGUACCACCCCUGAGGAGAUCGCACGACUCUGCGACGACUAUGACGAGACCUGCCAGGAGUACUUUUUCGACCGAAACCCGACAGCCUUCAGGGUCAUACUCAACUUCCUGGCGGCAGGCAAACUGCGUCUGCUUCGGGAGUUAUGUGCUGUUUCCCUGCACGAUGAGCUCGACUACUGGGGCGUGGACCCCGGCCAUAUGGAGCGCUGCUGCCGUCGCCGAAUGAUGGCCCGCGUGGAGGAGGUGGUGGAGCGGGAGCGUAAGGAGGAAGAGUGGAGGCAGAAGAGGAUGAUGCUGAAGAAAAGCAGCAUACAGACAGAAAAGGGCUAUCGCAGACUGAUCAUGAUGCUGCGCGACAUGGUGGAAAACCCUCACUCGGGGUUGGCUGGGAAGAUGUUCGCCUGCCUCUCCAUCCUCAUGGUGAUGGUCACCGUCAUCAGCCUGUGCAUCAGCACCAUGCCGGACCUCAGAGAUGAAGAGACAAAGGGUGAGUGCUCCCAGAAGUGUCACAACAUGUUUGUGGUGGAGUCCAUCUGUGUGGCCUGGUUCACCUUAGAGUUUGUGCUGCGAUUUAUCAACGCCCAAAGCAAGCUGGCCUUCGCCCGUGGCCCGCUCAACAUCAUCGAUGCCAUUGCUAUCCUACCGUACUAUGUGUCCCUGGUGGUCGAUAUCAGAGAUGAGUCGCAUGAGGAUGUCAUCAUGGGUGCUGGCAGAGGCUACCUGGACAAACUAAGCCUGAUCCUUCGCCUGCUACGAGCCCUGCGAAUCCUCUACGUGAUGCGGCUGGCACGCCACUCUCUGGGCCUCCAGACGCUGGGACUGACCAUGCAGCGCAGCAUGAGGGAGUUCGGCCUGCUGCUGCUGUUCGUCUGCGUGGCCGUGACCCUCUUCUCACCCCUGGUCCAUCUAGCGGAGAGUGAAUUAGCGCCAUAUGCCGCCACGCAUCCCCACCACAGCUUCAGCAGCAUCCCGGCCUCUUAUUGGUGGGCCAUCAUCUCCAUGACCACAGUGGGCUACGGUGACAUGGUCCCGCGCAGCAUCCCCGGACAGAUCGUGGCACUGACCAGCAUCCUGAGCGGCAUCCUCAUCAUGGCGUUCCCAGCCACCUCAAUCUUCCACACCUUCUCCCGCUCUUAUCAGGAGCUCAAGCAGGAGUAUAAGCGGGUGUGGAAGGAGGAGCGAGAUGAGGAAAUAGCCGCUGAGUCGGAAAAGAGUUGGUCCAAGGUUGAUUCUUCAUUAGAUGAAAUCAAAUCCAUCUCAAAGAAUGGUAAUGACAGGAUGAUGAAGACUCAGCCUUCUGCACUUCCCUCUGCAGCGUUCUGAUGCAGCUGCAUGUAAGCAGUCAGACACUUUUUUUCAUUAACUUAAAACGGUGGAACUUUCUCCUUCCUGUAUAUUUAAACUCCAAAGCACUUAUAUGAUAAACAAUAUAAUAUUCCAUGUUCUUGAUUCAUGUUUCCGUCAAAGUCUGUUUGCUGUUUAUCACGUUAUAGUAUUAAUGUCUUAACCUACACCAGGUCAUUAAGGACCCAUCUAGGGUUUGGGUUUAUUUAUGUUUGGGCUGCACAAUUAAUCAAAAUUUAAUCUUGAUCAUGAUUUUUGGCUUCCCAGAUUUUAAAUAACCUGAUCGAGCAAUAUUGAAAAUGCAUGUUCCACACAACUCAACAUGCUGCACAACUCAACCUCUGACCACAAGCCUGCAUGAGCCAAUCACAGCUGUUCCCUGGAGCUUGAACUUUCUUGGAGGAGCAGCAAAGGUUUGCUGGAGAGUACCACAGAGCAACUAUUUUAUUCAACCACAUGUGGAAGAGAGCCAGAGAUUAAUAAUAACUAAUGAUUAAAUGCAGAGUGGGGUAUAAACAGAGUAAAAGAGGUCAAUGAAAAGAAACAGUGCAUCAUAGGAACCCCCCAGCACCCUAGGCCUGAGGAUUCAGGGUCACCUGAUCCAGCUCUAACUAUAAGGAAAGUUUUAAGACCACAGACUGCAGUAUAAUUAACACAUGAAGGCCAAGAAAAACAACACAAAAGCUGCAAACGUGAAUCGUCCAACAUCAGCUCAGAUGUCCGUAAAAUCGAGCCUGUGCAGCGCAUCAGUGUAUCCAUCCAGCUCACAGAGACACAAUGAAAUCAUCAAUCACAUUCCAUAUGGCCAAAGAUAAGUGUCCACUAAACACAGUGAGUAAUGAAAGCUUCAGGAAAACAAAGCGGCACAACCAGCGCUGUGUGCAAAACGUCGCAGCUGUCGAGUGUUUUGCUUCGAAUUAUCCACAUCGAUCGAGCAGGUACAGUGAACGGAGGGAGAGCUUCAGAGUUUGCUUCUCGGGGAUGUGCUUGGGCCAAAUAAAUGAACACUUUAUUUGUCUGCAAAGAUUACUUUACAGGAACGUAGCACAAUGUAAACGUGAAAGAUAUGUGAUAGGUUUUGGUACAGUUUUUAAAAUUAAUGUCUUUUGAUGCAAAGAUUAGUAUAAAUGUGAAGAUGUGAAAGCACUGUUCUGUUAACAUGACAGUGCAAUAAAAACAUUUUUGUCACUAAAGUCAAUGAAUGAUCAUGACCAAUAAUCGUGCAGCCCUGUCGACUUCCAUCCAGUUUUAUGGAAUUCUUGCCUGUUUAUGCAUCCAAAUCUCAACGCUUUUAAGUGAAAACUACGAGAGAAAUAUAUAAUAAUAAUAUGAGACUUCGGUUAAAAUGUAAUAUCUUCUAGUUUUUGAAAAUGUGUCUAUUUACCAUACAACUGAAAGUAAAUGCAUCUCCAACCCUACACACGUCACUGCUGGCCUGGUGGAUGUUAAGAGGUUAAAGUUCUGCUCCGCCUCAUUUCCUGCCGUGUGCGUCCUCUUCUGUUGGUGGAUGUUCAUAUUAAACAUGUCUGAAGUUUUUAAUAAUGAGGUCAGUGUAUGUACAAGUAAUCCCUGUGCUCCAAAACCUCAGGCUGCAGACUGCUCUAUGCACUCAGCUGAUCGCAGUUUAUUCUACUCUUGGCUCUGUAUGAUGUCAGAGUGGAUCUCCUUAUAUGGUCAUCUCAGGCAGCUCUGGUUGUGAGCGCUGAACCACCUGGUGUUCAAAUCUUUUUGUCUGCAAGCCAAUCAGAAGAUUGGUUUAAAGGGGAAGGAGCUGAACCGGCACGUUCAGAGCUCCUGGAGAGUCUGAGAACAAAAGCGUGGAGCUGGAAAUGAGCAGCGUAGUUUUCUGAGCUUUGUCUUAAGAAACUGGACACUAAAAUCUUAAUGUUCUUCCUUAUCUCUGUGGCUGGUAGGAGACACUGUGUCUAUAGUAAUACACUAUUUUUGUACUCACCAACACACAUAAAAUUGCACCAAUCCAAUUACAGUAUCGUUGUCUGGAGAACAUCAGUGUAAUGGAAGAUCACAUUUCUCCCUUUUAGUUCUUCCAGUUUUAGUCAGAUAACUGAAAGGUUUGACAACAACUUCCCGUUUUUGAACUUCAUUCACACGCCGUGCUGACCCGGCUCUGAAUUCCUGGAUGUUGGAGUGUCCCCAAAUGCACCAUCAGCACUCAGAACCAAUCAGCAGAAAAACUGGUGAUGAAAACGUCGCUGUGAUGGAUUACACAGAGAGCGUCACGUCUCAGAGUAGAUUUUUUCAGAGGAGUCGGUGGCUGCCUGGAGGGAAGAAAGUCAUCUAAAAACCAAUCAGUGGAGGUGUUGAAGCAUUUUUGAGAACCACCAACUCAGUCCUUUAAUGUGCAGAUAAAUGUCAUCCUUCAACUGCUCUCGUCUGUGGCAUUUUUAAAAUAAAAUAACAA